AUGGGCAGCCUGGGGGUAGCUGGCGAUGGUAUCAUCGUCAUCACACUGCUUCUCGUGGCGCUCACCACACUUGCUCUGGUCCUGUCCUCCCGGCCACAUGAUGGGGACAAGUUGGAGGUCACACAGCUCUAUGUCUACCCAGUCAAGGCGCUUCGAGGCUCGCCGAUGAAAGAAGUCCGUAUUGGCAAGUACGGAGUUGUCGGAGACCGCACCUUUAGCCUUCAAAAGGUCCACCGUGAUGAAGAAACGGGCGAGAUAAAAUACGAAACUAUGCUGGCGGGCUACUACUUGCAAUUGAUGCUGUUCCAAGCCUCAAUCGACUAUUACCAAGACCAGGGCCCGGAAGUGGUAGUGACUUGGCGUGGCCGAGGCACUGAGUUUGACAAGGCUAAGGACGUAAAGACGGCCGACGAGAUUCGAUUUCCGCUCCAUCCUUCAACAAAAGGACGCAAAGAGUUUGAGACGAGCCUGCAUGCAAGCAAGGCGAUAGCCUUUGAGAUGGAUGGCAAACUGUCAACUUGGUUCUCGGACCGUCUCGGUUUCGAAGUUCUCCUCGUCUAUAUUGGAGACGGGUCUAGGCCUGUUCUUGGUUCCAUGGCACCCAACAGUAAAUCGGGUCUCACGAGAAGCCGUCUCACACGCCGUAUACAAUCGCUGCUCCCAGGAUUGGCCCAUCCGCCAGAAUCUCUCGUGUUCAACGACAUCGCCCACUACCUCGUCGUAACAGAAGAGUCAAAUGACCAAGUCACAUCGAGACUCGAUGAGGGGUAUACCAUGGACGUAACCAAGUUCCGGCCCAACAUCGUCGUACGAGGCGCAUCGGGCGCCUUUGUCGAGGACUACUGGGGCGAGCUGACCUUUGACGGGGAUAUCCAGAUGCCCUUGACGGCCAAUUGCUACCGGUGUCAGAGCAUCACUGUCGACUACGACACGGGCAAGACAGCGACUGAUGAUAGGGGCAUGGCGUGGAAGAAGCUCAACAAGGACCGGAGGGUAGACAAGGGAGCAAAGUAUAGCCCCGUGUUUGGACGCUACGGGUACUGUUUUGGCUCUUCGCUGGGUAAGAAGAUUCGUGUUGGACAAAAGGCAAAGGUGACGUACAUCAACAAAGACCGGACAACGUUUGAUUGGCCACACCUGACGUCGUUUGGGAUCACUCAGACAAAGAAGUGA